AUGGGCCUCUGGGCCAGAAAGCGCGAUCAGUUUUCGAAUGGCUCGCUAAUGAAUAGUCCAGUUUUCAACACGUCCUCCAUCGUCAUCAAGCAUCUACUACAGCGCAAGGCUUACCGCAGCGAAGAGCGUGAUGUCAGACGCAACCCAUCGCGGGUCGCCAAUCAUUGUCACGAGAUAGCGAAGUAUCCCACCAUGCGAGGGACGCGCCGCUUACAAUGGGCUUGGUCAGGAUUUGCUUUCGCAUUCUAUGCCCAUGCUGAGCGCUGGUUGACGACUUCCGCACAAGAAGGCUAUGACCUGGAAAGCACGAGUACAAUUCAGGUUGCGAUUAUCGAAGAGUUAACCAUGGUGACGAUUAAGGAUCUCUCCGUUCGCAAACUCGACAGUCGAGCAAGCUUGAGCCGCGAUGAGCGCGCCAAGGGACGACUCGUCAGCAGGACGCGAGACCGGCCGCAUGGAUGGCCAAGCGUUGGAUACGAGCUAAGCAGAAGAAAGUCGCUACCAUUCGACGAGUUCAAAUACGCUAGGGUUUAUUUGGAAUAA